AUGAUUGUUCGGGAUGGAGUCGAAAUUAGUUCUGAUCAAUACGAUAAGGCCAAAAAAUAUUUUGAUUAUAUUCAUUAUAAAUAUCAAGCUGGAGAAUUUUGGGAAAAAAGAGAUUUCAAAUGCCCAUGUUGUAAUUAUACCAACAUUAAUUUAGGAGUUUACUUAUCUCAUGAGUGUCCAUGCAUCGACAAUUGUAGAAAGUGGGACUUCACCACUCCAAAAAUACAACGACCAAUUCCAAGAACAACAAAAAAGAGUCAACAAUGUACAAUAUGUAAAAAGAGAUUCUACCUAUCAACUCGUUUAACUAAUCACAAGUGUAAAGGUCGAUCUCUUUUAACAUCAUUACCAACACCUUCAACAUCUAUAAUUGAUGAUUUUAUAUUAACUAAACAAGCAUAUAAUGGAAUGAUUCGAUAUUAUAAAUGUUCAAUUAACGAAGUUGAUAUCGAUGAAGUUGAAAGAAAAUAUAGUGAUAAAUUGAAGAAUAUACUAGACUGUUUGAGAAAGGAGCUCGGCAGUGUAGUUUAUGACAUUAAUUUACACACUCAAAUGUCGAAACUAAGUAGUCAACAAAUAGACACUGUUGUUGCAGAUUUACACUCUAUAAAUAAACCACUUUAUCAAGGCGAUGACCUGAAUAUUGAAAUUUCUCAAAGUUUUAAUGAAAUAAGAGAAAUUUGUGAUCAGUUUACCGAGAAAGGAAGUGGGUUCUGGAUUGAGUCAAUUCAAUACAUUGAACUAAGUGUUGGUAAAUAUCAACCGCAUAAAGGAGGAUGUUCUUCUCAUUCUUUACCGGCAAAAUUAAAUUCAAAAAAGUGUUUAAUAAAUCUCAAAACUGAAACAGAUUGUUUUAUGUAUUCAAUUUUAGCUUCACUUCAUCCAGCUUCACGAAAUGGUCAACGAAUAUCAAGUUAUCGUACAUUUAUUGAUUUAUAUGAUUUCUCUUCAUGUCGCGGGAUUGUUGAUUUGAAACAAAUAGACACUUUUGAACGAAGCAACAAUAUUUCAGUAAAUGUUUAUUCUUACAACAUGGAUGAUAAAUAUGUUAUUCCAAUACGAAUAACCAAACAUCAAUUACAGAAACAUGUUCUCCUUUUUCUUUAUGGUGAUCAUUAUUAUCCCAUAACUUCAUUUCAACGACUUUUAUCAUCUAAAUCGUCAUAUCAACGAAAAUAUUGUCAAAGAUGUUUGAUUGGUUUCCAUGAUGAACAAAAACUUAUUGCACAUAUUGUAGAUUGUGAUCAGUAUGAACCACAACGUAUUGUUAUGCCAAAACGAACUGGUGAACCCUCUUAUUUAAUGAAAAAGAAUUUCAGUAAAGAAGAAAAACACCCGUUCGUCAUUUAUGCUGAUUUUGAGUGUUUGUCUAUUCCGACAGGUGAUCCACAAAAACCAUUCAGACAUGAACCAUGUAGUUAUGGUUACAUUGUUGUUGAUUGGGAAAAAAAUGUUCUAUUUAAAAACUUUUGUCAUGGAAACAAUAUCGUAGGCGAUUUUUUACGGGAGAUAAGAGAUCUACAACAACCUUUACAAGACUAUUUGAAAGCAAAUAUUAAACCAUUAGUAAUGACUGAUGAAGAUGAGGAUGAUUUUAAAAAAACUGAUUAUUGUGUAAUCUGUGGCCAAUACCUUGAUUUACAAAAGAGAGUACGUGAUCAUUGUCAUCUCACUGGUGUUUUCAGAGGUGCCGCUCACCCAGAAUGUAAUUUACAACGUUCUUUACCAACUCGUAUCCCCGUUUUCUUUCAUAACCUUAAAAACUAUGAUGGACACAUUAUUAUUAAGAAUAUCGCUGAAAAUAUUUUCAAUGCUAGACUUAUUGUAAUUCCAUCAUCACUUGAAAAGUAUAUUGGAUUUUUUAUCGGUCAAUUUGCUUUUCUUGAUUCUCUAGCCUUUUUACCAACGAGUCUUGACACUUUAAGUUCUAAUUUAUCAACUGAUGAUAAACUUCACUUCUUAAGACAAGAAUGGUCAACUGGGGAUUUGUCAGAAGUUUUAAAAAAAGCAACAUUACCUUAUGAAUAUAUUUCAUCUAUUGAUAAAUUUUAUGACAACUGUUUACCAUCAAAAGACAAAUUUUAUUCUUCUCUAACUGAUUCUAACAUUUCUGAUGAAAUGUAUUCAAGGUUAGAAAAAAUUUGGCAUCAAUUUAAUUGUGAAGUGCUCGGUGAUCUUAUCGAUGUUUAUCUUAAAGUUGACGUGUACAUGUUAGCAGCCUCUUUCGAGAAUUUCAGAGAAACAUCAAUGAAAGAUUUUAAAAUUGAUCCACCUCACUAUAUGACAGGCCCUGGACUUUCUUUCGCUGCUGCUUUUCGUCGUCUUCAAAUAGAAGUUGAACUUUUUUGUGAUAUCGAUAAGUUAAUGAUGAUUGAAAAAGGGAUUCGUGGCGGUUUGACCACUGUUGCUAGACGAUAUGUCAAAGCAAAUAAUCCAAAUGUACCUGGAUAUGACGGUGGUGAUCAAACACAUUUACUAUAUCUUGAUGUGAAUAAUCUUUAUGGCUAUGCGAUGUGUUCUUACCUCCCAUAUGCUUACUAUGCUUGGAAAAACUUCGAUGAUGAAGAAGCUGUACUUCGCGAUCUAAGAUUCUCUUCCGGUUACAAUUAUAUAUAUGAAGUUGAUUUAGAAUAUCCAUCUGAACUUCAUGAUGAACAUGAUGACUUUCCACUGGCACCACAUAAACUAAAGAUAGAUAAUGAAAUGUUAAGUCCUUAUGCUAAAAGAAUUGUUGAAAAAUUACAAGAAAGAGGUCAUCAUAGUGUAAGUAGUGAAAAACUAGUUGCCACUUUUCUCAAGAGAGAAAAAUACGUUGUUCAUGGUCUUAAUUUAAAAUUCUAUAUGGAAAAAGGACUCAAAGUGACUAAGAUUCAUCGUAUUCUCAAAUUUUCUUCGUUGCCUUGGCUACAAGAUUAUAUUGAGUUCUGCACAUCGAAAAGACAACAAGCAAAAGAUCCAUUUACUUCAUCUCUUUAUAAACUAUUCGUGAAUAGUAUUUACGGUAAAUUGAUGGAGGAUAAAAGAAAACAUGUCAAAGUUGAUGUGACAACAUCCGAACCAAUGGCUGCGCGACGACUGAGAAAACAUCUACUACAAAGAUUCAAAAUUAUUGAUGAAAAUAAGGUCAUGUUUCAGAUGAAAAAAGAUGUAGUUUUAAUGAACAAACCAAUUGUAACAGGAUUUACAGUGCUUGAACUCUCGAAACUACAUGUUUAUACACUGUAUUACGAUACUUUUAAAUGUACUUUCGGUGAUCGUUGUCGACUCAUCUAUUCCGAUACUGAUUCUCUAUUGAUUGAGUUGAAAUCAAAUCAUUUGAUUGAAGAUCUGAAACAAGUUGAACAUGUAAUGGACUUGAGUGAUCUUCCACAAAAUCAUCCGUUACACUCUGAUGAACAUAAAAAAGAAAUUGGAUAUUUGAAAGAUGAAAUGGCUGGUGAUGAAAUUCACGAAGUUGUUGCGAUAAAACCGAAACUUUACGUUAUUAAAAGUGCAUCGGGCGUGAAAAAAAGAGCGAAGGGAGUACAGAGACAAGUUGUCGCCAACAAGCUGUCAUUUGACGAUUAUAAACGUUGUUUAUUUCAAGAGGAAAUCCAUAUGGUAACAAAUCGAAGGUUAGGUUCAACCAACCAUGACAUCCAUAUGUAUACGCAAGAGAAAAUAGCGAUCACGCCUCUGGAAGAUAAAAGAUAUUUAUUGGGAGAUGGAAUUAGCUCCCUCGCGUAUGGACAUUAUAAAAUUGAAAGAGAAGAUUAA